UUCUGAAAUUGAUAAUCUUGGUGUUUGGAGAAAGAGAGACAUGAGAUCAAUGGCACCGGAAUCAUCAUGUUUGCUUGCACUGAACCAUGUGUCAUUCAUAUGCAAGAGUGCGAAUGAGUCUGUGAAGUUCUAUGAGAAUGUGUUGGGAUUCAACCUCAUCAAGAGGCCUUCUUCUUUCAAUUUUGAAGGGGCUUGGUUAUUCAACUACGGAAUUGGAAUCCACCUGCUUGAGUCAGAUAAGAUUCCGGUGGAAAGAAAAGCCAUAAAUCCAAAAGAGAAUCAUAUAUCGUUUCAGUGCACAGACAUGAGCGUGAUAAUGCAGAAACUGGAUGAGAUGAACAUAAAGUAUGUGAGUACGGUUGUGGAAGAUGGUGGAGUCCAAGUAGAUCAGCUUUUCUUCCAUGACCCUGACGGUUACAUGAUUGAAAUCUGUAAUUGUCAGAACUUCCCUGUUCUUCCAAUUUCUUCAUUACCAUCAUGCCCUCUGAAGAUUUCAAUUUAACAUUA